CCUGCUUUCCCCUAGCCAGUCGAUGCCAGAAUGCCGAGCCAGACGCAGCCUCUAAACCCCCAACAACCGCUACCGCUCCUCCUCCUGGUGGGACUAACCCUCCUCCUGGUCGGCCUGCAGACCUGCCGGGCCGUGGAGCUGCCCAACCUGGAUGCCUCGAUGCUGGAGAAUGUGGACGUGGACCAGCUCAAGGCCAGCUAUUUGCCAGAGGGCUUGCGCGGCGCUAACGUGACCCUGGAGGAUCUGCAUCGCCUGCUGGAGUCCAAGUGCAGGAGGGCCAACAAGCAGCCGGUGAAUGCCACCGCCUUGAGCAAGGCCAUCGAAACGGCGGGCGGCAAGCUGGUGGAGUGCCUCUCGGGACUGGCCAAUUUGACGGAGAUCCAGGCGGAGAUUGCCGAGGCCAGUCCCAAGGGUGAUCUGGAUGUGGUCUUCGAGAAGUACUGCCUGCGCAUGCCGCGGGCCAAGGCCUGCCUCAAGGACUUCAACGACGCCCUGCUGCCCUGCCUGAAUAGCGAGGAGCGGGCCCACAAUACGGUCCUCCAGCGGAUCGCCGACCGGCUGCUGGAGUUCAUCUGCUACAAGAAUGGCGACCAGAUUGCUCUCUUCAUAGCCGAGCAGGGGCCAGAGUGCCUGGAGCAGAGCCGCGAGGGGAUUGCCAACUGUUUGAAUAGCACCUUUGGUGGCUACCUGCCCAAGCAGCUGACCGCCGACUGGACCAAUGGCGAGGGUCUGCCCGAGUUGGUCCUUGGACCCCGCCAGUGCGUCGAUCUGUACGACUUUGAGACCUGCACCGUCCAGCUGCUGGAGCGCUGCGAGGUGAUCACGCCCAGCAAUAUUGUGGAGUCCAUGUUCCGUUAUGUGCGAAGGGAGUCCUCCUGCCAGGCGUCCAUUGACAAGGCCAUGGCGCAGCGCAGGACGGCCCUGCCCCUGGUGGCCGCCAAGGAAGGAGCCGCUGGACUGGCCACUAGUGCCUGGACCCUGGGAAGCCUGCUCCUCCUGGUCGGAGCUCUAGCCCGGCUCUAGGCUUUGGCUUUCUUUGUUUGUUUCUUUUCUUGUUUUUUUUUUUUUUUUAUAUUUUAUAAUUAUGUUUAAUAAACUUGGGCGGAGGCAAGGAGGAGUCUGCCACUGCGGGUCCACCCGGCAUAAGCCGCUUAA